AGCAGGAAGUCCCGCCUUUCAGCCCCAGACGGCUUUGGCUCCCGUUCCCGACGCUCACGCCCACCUGCCACCCCUUAUUGAACUAAAAUUCCAGAUGGCAAACUCAAUGAAUGGCAGAAACCCUGGUGGUCGAGGAGGAAAUCCCCGAAAAGGUCGAAUUUUGGGUAUUAUUGAUGCUAUUCAGGAUGCAGUUGGACCCCCUAAGCAAGCUGCAGCAGAUCGCAGGACCGUGGAGAAGACUUGGAAACUCAUGGACAAAGUGGUAAGACUGUGCCAAAAUCCCAAACUUCAGUUGAAAAAUAGCCCACCAUAUAUACUUGAUAUUUUGCCUGAUACAUAUCAGCAUUUACGACUUAUACUGAGUAAAUAUGAUGACAACCAGAAACUUGCCCAACUCAGUGAGAAUGAGUACUUUAAAAUCUACAUUGAUAGCCUCAUGAAAAAGUCAAAACGGGCAAUAAGACUCUUUAAAGAAGGCAAGGAGAGAAUGUAUGAAGAACAGUCACAGGACAGACGAAAUCUCACAAAACUGUCCCUUAUCUUCAGUCACAUGCUGGCAGAAAUCAAAGCAAUCUUUCCCAAUGGUCAAUUCCAGGGAGAUAACUUUCGUAUCACAAAAGCAGAUGCUGCUGAAUUCUGGAGAAAGUUUUUUGGAGACAAAACUAUCGUACCAUGGAAAGUAUUCAGACAGUGCCUUCAUGAGGUCCACCAGAUUAGCUCUGGCCUGGAAGCAAUGGCUCUAAAAUCAACAAUUGAUUUAACUUGCAAUGAUUACAUUUCAGUUUUUGAAUUUGAUAUUUUUACCAGGCUGUUUCAGCCUUGGGGCUCUAUUUUGCGGAAUUGGAAUUUCUUAGCUGUGACACAUCCAGGUUACAUGGCAUUUCUCACGUAUGAUGAAGUUAAAGCACGACUACAGAAAUACAGCACCAAACCCGGAAGCUAUAUUUUCCGGUUAAGUUGCACUCGUUUGGGACAGUGGGCCAUUGGCUAUGUGACUGGGGAUGGGAAUAUCUUACAGACCAUACCUCAUAACAAGCCCUUAUUUCAAGCCCUGAUCGAUGGCAGCAGGGAAGGAUUUUAUCUUUAUCCUGACGGGAGGAGUUACAAUCCUGAUUUAACUGGAUUAUGUGAACCUACACCUCAUGACCAUAUAAAAGUUACACAGGAACAAUAUGAAUUAUAUUGUGAAAUGGGCUCCACUUUUCAGCUCUGUAAGAUUUGUGCAGAGAAUGACAAAGAUGUCAAGAUUGAGCCUUGUGGGCAUUUGAUGUGCACCUCUUGCCUUACGGCAUGGCAGGAGUCAGAUGGUCAGGGCUGCCCUUUCUGUCGUUGUGAAAUAAAAGGAACUGAGCCCAUAAUCGUGGACCCCUUUGAUCCAAGAGAUGAAGGCUCCAGGUGUUGCAGCAUCAUUGACCCCUUUGGCAUGCCGAUGCUCGACUUGGAUGACGAUGAUGAUCGAGAGGAGUCCUUGAUGAUGAAUCGGUUGGCGAACGUCCGAAAGUGCACUGACAGGCAGAACUCACCAGUCACAUCACCAGGAUCCUCUCCCCUUGCCCAGAGAAGAAAGCCACAGCCUGACCCACUCCAGAUCCCACAUCUAAGCCUGCCACCAGUGCCUCCUCGCCUGGAUCUAAUUCAGAAAGGCAUAGUUAGAUCUCCCUGUGGCAGCCCAACGGGUUCACCAAAGUCUUCUCCUUGCAUGGUGAGAAAACAAGAUAAACCACUCCCAGCACCACCUCCUCCCUUAAGAGAUCCUCCUCCACCGCCACCUGAAAGACCUCCCCCAAUCCCACCAGACAAUAGACUGAGUAGACACAUCCAUCAUGUGGAAAGCGUGCCUUCCAGAGACCCACCAAUGCCUCUUGAAGCAUGGUGCCCUCGGGAUGUGUUUGGGACUAAUCAGCUUGUGGGAUGUCGACUCCUAGGAGAAGGCUCUCCAAAACCUGGAAUCACAGCGAGUUCAAAUGUGAAUGGAAGGCACAGUAGAGUGGGCUCUGACCCAGUGCUUAUGCGGAAACACAGACGCCAUGAUUUGCCUUUAGAAGGAGCUAAGGUCUUUUCCAAUGGUCAUCUUGGAAGUGAAGAAUAUGACGUUCCUCCCCGGCUUUCUCCUCCUCCUCCAGUUACCACCCUCCUCCCUAGCAUAAAGUGUACUGGUCCGUUAGCAAAUUCUCUUUCAGAGAAAACAAGAGACCCAGUAGAGGAAGAUGAUGAUGAAUACAAGAUUCCUUCAUCCCAUCCUGUUUCCCUGAAUUCACAACCAUCUCAUUGUCAUAAUGUAAAACCUCCUGUUCGGUCUUGUGAUAAUGGUCACUGUAUACUGAAUGGAACACAUGGUCCAUCUUCAGAGAAGAAAACAAACAUCCCUGACUUAGGCAUAUAUUUAAAGGGUGAAGAUGCUUUUGAUGCCCUCCCUCCAUCUCUCCCACCUCCCCCACCUCCUGCAAGGCAUAGUCUCAUUGAACAUUCAAAACCUCCUGGCUCCAGUAGCCGGCCAUCCUCAGGACAGGAUCUUUUUCUUCUUCCUUCAGAUCCCUUUGUUGAUCUAGCAAGUGGCCAAGUUCCUUUGCCUCCCGCUAGAAGGUUACCAGGUGAAAAUAUCAAAACUAACAGAACAUCACAGGACUAUGAUCAGCUUCCUUCGUGUUCAGAUGGUUCACAAGCACCAGCCAGACCCCCUAAACCACGACCCCGCAGGACUGCACCAGAAAUUCACCACAGAAAACCCCAUGGGCCUGAGGCGGCAUUGGAAAAUGUCGAUGCAAAAAUUGCAAAACUCAUGGGAGAGGGUUAUGCCUUUGAAGAGGUGAAGAGAGCCUUAGAGAUAGCCCAGAAUAAUGUCGAAGUUGCCCGGAGCAUCCUCCGAGAAUUUGCCUUCCCUCCUCCAGUAUCCCCACGUCUAAAUCUAUAGCAACCAGAACUGUAGACACCAAAAUGGAAAGCAGUCGACAUAUUCCAGGAGUGUGGAAAUGAGAGAACUGAGAUGGAAUUCAAGAGAGAAGUGUCUCCUCCUCAUGUAGCAGCUUGAGAAGAGGCUUGGGAGUGCAGCUUCUCAAAGGAGACCGAUGCUUGCUCAGGAUGUCGACUGCUGUGGCUUCCUUGUUUUUGCUAGCCAUAUUUUUAAAUCAGGGUUGAACUGACAAAAAUAAUUUAAAGACGUUUACUUCCCUUGAACUUUGAACCUGUGAAAUGCUUUUCCUUGUUUACAAUUUGGCAAAGUUGCAGUUUGUUCUUGUUUUUAGUUUAGUUUUGUUUUGGGUUUUUGAUACCUGUACUGUGUUCUUUACAGACCCUUUGUAGCGUGGUCAGGUCUGCUGUAACAUUUCCCACCAGCUCUCUUGCUGUCCACUUCAACAGUUAAAUCAUUUAUUCAUUUGGCUCUCUACCAUCCCCAGGCCCUGCCCAGGUCCAGUUCCAUUUCUCCCAUUCACAAGAUGCUUUAAAGGUUCUGAUUUUCAACUGAUCAAACUAAUGCAAACAAAAAAAAAAUUAUGUGUUCUUCACUACUGAGUUUCUUCUUUGGAAACCAUCACUAUUGAGAGAUUGGGAAAACCUGAAUGUAUAGAGCAUUUAUUUGUCAAUAAACUGCCUUUUGUAAGGGGUUUUCACAUAACAUCAAGGAGCUUCCCUUUUUAGUUUAAGCUUUGUGACCUUUAAUCCUCCAUAUUCUCAUGUCUGUCAUCCCGGGGUAUCACAACUGUAAAAAUCUGCAAUAUUGGAAAGCAGCUACUACAGAUGUGGAAGAUGUAACACUUGUAUAAGACAGUGCUGUACUGAAGUUAUAUAACAAGGUCCUCUGAUACUUAUGCCUACAUUACUUUGAGGGAUGCUGAAUGAGAGGGCACUCUCCCUGAAAUAUAUUAAUAAUUCUCAGAUAAAAUUAUGGGCAUACCUUUUCUGAAAUGGAAUUAGAGUUCAUUUCCCAUUUGAGUGAUUACAUUCUAGCUCCUGAGAGCUGUGGGAACCAGUUCAUACUGCAGUGGAAACGUUAACUCUUUGAUGCACUGUUAAGUGUCAAGGCUACUGUGGCGAUGUUUUUUGCAAAGUUCUCAGUAAUUUCCUCUCUGCAAUCAAAUUAGAGGUCAUAUUUAAUUUGCAGAUUCUCUCGUUCAUUGCUCCACACUGCUCUAUCAAAUCAGGUGAAAAAAAUUAAUACAGUUUUGCCUUUUUUACAAAAUGGUGGUUGGUUCUUCAGACACCAUGUUAUUACUCUUAAUAAAUCUACAAACUAUGAUGUGCUUGGUGCUGUUAGGCACUGUGUUUUUAAAGCACAAACUCUCAAAAGCUGAUUCCAGCGUAAUGUUUUAUUUUUGUUUUUCUGUAUUUUUAAUGACAAAGUCUGUCUGAUAAGACAAAGCCUGGAAAGUUUCCCCCAAAGCUUUAGAAUUUAGAAUUAGCUGUUACUCAUUUCUAAUGAGAAAUUAAUGGAGAAAUGAGAUAAAAUCAUCUCUGUGUAAAUGCUUGAAGCCACAGAAAGUUUUCUAAAUACGGACUAAUUAUGGGUUUGUGCAUAUUUCUGUGUCUCCUCUUUUCACUUCACACCCACUGCGAUAUACAAAGAUGCAUCAGAUAGUGAGCCUGCCUUCAGGACUUAGAAGGACAUGACUGAACAUCUAGUAGAUCUGGUGGAAAUUAAUGUUAUACAAAAGACAUGUAGACUAAGUUGACCCUGGAUGAGGAGGUAAUGCAUUUGUUUGCAAAGUUACUUGUACUCUUUUUUUUUUUUUUUUUUUUUGACAGUCUUGCUUUCAUGGUAUGAGAUGAGAACUCACAGGCCUUGGGUAAUUUCUGCUUUUGUAUGAAUUUUUUCAGAUGGUUCUGAGCUGGUUAUGUCCCUGGAGGGGAAUUUUUCGUCUGCCUUAGAUGUUCUUCCCAUAAGUAGGUAUAUGAGCGAAGUUUCUUACACUUUUAAAAUUGUACUGGCACGUUUUCUUUUGCUUUAUGAACCCCUGUUUUUUGUCAUUGUGAUUUUUCACUUGUUUUAACAGUUUCAGAUGUCACCUUGGAGUAGCACAGUUUAUUUUGGCCUUUUUAUGAUUGCUGCUGAUAGGUACAGUCUAAAAGCCAAAAGUUGCCACUUCAUUGUGAUAACAUUGUUAUAACAUUCCUAAUAGAUUAGAGAAUGAUGUAAAAUAAGAAUGUUAGAAAACAGCACAUUCUCAUUCCAUUUAUAAAUAAUAUUUGAAAAUUUCCAGUGAGAAUUAAAAAAGAAGGACUGGUGAUGAUAUAGCAAACUUGGACCUGAAAUUUGUGGGAGGGAUAUCUAUUUUGCAGAGAAAAUUUACCAGCCUCCACCAAAAUCUCUGCAUCUUGUACUCAAUAGCAACCAUUAGUAUUGUCAUUUGAAAAGAAUGAAUCGAAAAUUCAUACAGAAUGGAAUGAAAAGAGGAAAACUUUCUAUUAAACACUGUCAACAAAGACCCAUUGCUAUCUAUCACCUAUGAAAUUAAACCUAAAAAAAAUUUUUUUGAGAAAAUAAUUAAAUGUUUUUUUAUUGUAAAAGCGACUGAUAGUUGAUGUUUGGAAGUGAUCCAGACUUUGUUUCACUGUGAUUCAAAAAGUUAGACAUUCCUUCCAUUUCUCAAGAUUUGGUAACGCAAAUUUUUUUUAAGUCAGCAUUUCAUAUAAUUCAUAAAAUUAAGACAAAUUAAUUUAUUGAUAUCUGGCCAAUGUGAACCCUUCUCCCCCAACCCAAACAUGUUCUGGAGGUAGAAGGACUUAUCCUCAAUUAUAUUCCAGUAAAUUUAUCUCCAUAAUCUGUUUUUUCCCCUAAUGUAUGAUAUACCCUCACCAAAUUUUUCUAGAAUUGAGUAAAAGCAGUUUUUGCUUAACUUGAAUUUCCUUCCACAAAUAUGACCUUCAGCUCUUCCUUCUCCGUUUCCCUUCUGCCCACAUUGCAAAUAGUCUUCAUAAUAGAGCCCUCAUUGCAACUUAAAAGGGUCCCAUUUGUUAACUCAGCAUUUCAUAUACCAAGAACACUUGCAAAGAUUUGUUCGUAAUGUGAAUUUUUUAUUUUUCAGUUCCAGAAGCAUUUCCUACAGUUUGAACAUUAUUUUUUCUCUCGGAUUUUCAACUUGAAGCUUUGAUUUGCACUGAAUUAACUUGGUUAAAAUGUUAGUUUCUCUUCAGCUAACAGAUUUGAAAGCAAAUUACAGUAUAUUUGAAUAAUUCAGGUACUGCCUGUUGACCUGGAAUUUUAGUGAUUCUGGGAAAGUUUUCCAGACAAAGACACCGAUAGAGUGAAGGGUUUUUUCCCCAAUUACUAUUUUAUUGUUUUUUAAAUGCCUUUUUAAAACUUGUGUAAUGUGGCAAAAUAGUCACAUGUUCCAUUAAUUUAUAUUUUCUUCAUUCCUUUUCAAUUCUGGUUAUUAUGUAACCUCAACUAUUUUAUCUGUUCUUUUAAGGUAUUUUAUAAAAUGAACAUUAAC